AUGAUGCUGGAGAAGGGCAUCAUAUGCAAAUCCCACAGCGACUGGCAGAGCCCCAUCAUAGCGGAACCUAAACCUGAUGGAAAGAUUUGUCUCUGUAUUGAUUUCCGGAAGGUAAAUGCAGUAGCUAGGUUCGAUGCCUACCCGAUGCCAAAAAUAGACGAGCUGAUAGAAAACGUUGGGCAAGCCUGCUACAUCUCCACCUUAGACCUGACAAAAGGUUACUGGCAGAUCCCAGUGGCACCCGAAGAUCAAGAAAAGACAGCAUUCACCACCCCUUGGGGUCUUUUCCAGUUCCAGCACAUGCCGUUCAGAUUACAUGGAGCCAUGGCUACAUUUCAACGUCUAAUGGACAGAGUUUUGGCUCCCCAUGGGGGUUACGCCACGGCUUAUAUUGACGAUAUUAUUAUCUACACUGAGAGCUGGAAGGAACGCCUCACCACACUCAGAGCAGUAGUGUAA